ACUAUAUACAACGCCCCGCCCAAACACAACUUUGUGUAACAGUUUCUAUUGUACCGAGUGAUGUCUAUGUUCGAGAUGAUUACGUCGUUAAAUUAAUACAAAAGUUAUAUAUAUAUAUUUUUAUUAUAAUAAUAAAAAUUUAAUUAACAAUCAAUAUAAAAUUCAUCAGUAAAAAAAUUUUUUCAGAGGAAUCUUUAAAAUUUAUAAAAUGUCCAUUUUAGACGAGCGAGAGGAUUAUCUGAAGAAUCCCUUCUUUGUGAAGCAUGAAUAUGGUGAUUUUACACCAUUUUAUGUCACUGUCACUAUCUGUUCUCUACUAUUUGCAUUUUUGUGCAUUUUGAACAUUGGAUUUUGUUGUUCGCGUCAUCGAUAUUACUGGCAGAGUCCUCAUACUGGGAACAGAUGGAUUCAACCAUUAUGGACAGUAUUACCGCAUAAAACACCACCUUUGGAUUUAACUGAAUUAGAACCAGGACGUGCUUUUGAGGCACAAGAGAAACAAGAGGUUUUACAAUAUCACGAUCCAAAGCCAUAUGGAACCGCACCACAAACACAAGAAUAUAUGGAGAUGCAAAAACUGAUGCUCUUGAUGCAUUAGGAUUGAAACGAUAUUGCUGCCGUAGAAUGCUUCUUGGACAUGUAGAUUUAAUUGAAAAACUCCUGAAUUAUGCACCAUUAGAAAAAUGAAAAUGUAGAAUUUUAUGUAAUAUUAAGAUAUUAUUAUUAUAUAAAAAUAUAUUUUUUAAAUUAUGUAAGAAUAGAUAAAGUGGAAUAAAUAUACAAAUAUUAUUGUAAAAUGAUUUGUAUUUAAAAAUUGUAAUUAUUUUUUUUUACCAGAAAUAUGUAAAAAUUUUUAACAAUGGUAUAAAAAAUCGAUUGAUUUAUAACAAGUUCAAUAAAAGUUGCUUCAAAAA